GCACGCCUGCUCGCUCGGGGGCGCGGGGCCCGGCCCGGGGCGGCCAUGGCCCCCGGCCACCUGUCGGUGCGGGAGAUGCGGGAGGACGAGAGGCCAAUGGUGCUGGAGAUGCUCAAGGCCGGCGUGAAGGACACGGAGAACCGCGUGGCCCUGCACGCGCUGACGCGGCCCCCUGCUCUGCUCCUCCUGGCAGCGGCCAGCAGCGGCCUGCGGUUCGUGCUGGCCUCCUUCGCACUGGCCCUCCUCCUGCCCGUGUUCCUGGCCGUGGCUGCCGUGAAGCUGGGCCUCAGGGCCCGGUGGGGCUCGCUGCCUCCCCCGGGUGGCCUGGGGGGGCCCUGGGUGGCCGUGCGCGGCUCGGGUGACGUGUGUGGCGUCCUGGCCCUGGCGCCCGGCACAAACGCAGGGGAUGGGGCCCGGGUCACCCGCCUCUCCGUUUCUCGCUGGCACCGCCGCCGCGGCGUGGGCAGGAGGCUGCUGGCCUUCGCCGAGGCCCGGGCCCGCGCCUGGGCAGGGGGCAUGGGCGAGCCGCGGGCCCGGCUUGUAGUCCCGGUGGCCGUGGCCGCCUGGGGGGUGGCGGGGAUGCUGGAGGGCUGUGGGUACCAGGCUGAGGGCGGCUGGGGCUGCAUGGGUUACCCACUAGUGCGGGAGUUCAGCAAGGACCUGUGA